AUGUUGGGAAAACGGGGUGUUACAUUGCUCAUACCAGGUGGAGGAACAGCUCACUCAAGGUUUGCAAUUCCAUUUAUUGUUGACGAGUGUUCAACUUGCACUAUUCAUCCAAAUACAAAUUUAGCAGAACUGGUAGAUAGGGCAAAACUUAUCAUACGGGACGAAGCACCAAUGAUGCACAGAUAUUAUUUCGAGGCUCUUGAUCGGACACUUAGAGACGUUCUCAGACAUCGCAAUAAUGGCAGACUUGAUAUCCCAUUUGGUGGAAAAGUGGUUGUUUUAGGAGGUGAUUUUCGACAGAUCCUUCCUGUGAUGCCUAAAGCUACAAGGCCAGACAUUGUACAUGCUAGCAUCAACUCUUCACCACUGUGGUCUCAUUGUGAAAUGUUAACUUUAACCACUAAUAUGAGGCUAUUGCACGGAAGUUCAAGCAAGGACUUUCAUGAAAGAAAGGAUUUUAGUGAGUGGGUGCUUGCAAUUGGAGAUGGCAGCAUUGGUGAAGAAAAUGAUGAGCAUAUUGAAGUUCAGAUUCUUGAAGAUCUGCUUAUACACUGUUCAGGUGAUCCUAUUGCUCCAAUGAUUCAAUGCAUUUAUCCAUCUCUUUUAAUGAAUAUGCAUGAUAUAUCUUUCUUCCAAGAUAGAGCAAUAUUGACACCUAAAAAUGUAACUGUUGAAGAUAUAAAUGAAUAUGUUAUGUCUCUUAUUCCUGGAGAAGAGAUAACAUAUUUAAGCUGCGAUUCCCCGUUGGCAAACCCAUCCAUGGUUAAUAGGCCAGAUGAUGUGCACACACAAGAAUUUCUUAACACCAUUACUGCAUCCGAUCUUCCCAAUCAUAAAAUAAAGAUAAAAGUUGGAGUACCCAUUAUGUUGUUGAGAAAUCUAGACCAAUCAGCAGGACUAUGCAAUGGUACUAGGUUGAUAAUUACCAAAAUGGGUAGAUAUGUUCUUGAAGGAAAGAUGAUAACAGGUAGCAACAUUGGUGACAAGGUAUAUAUACCUAGGCUGACACUAGAACCGUCUGAUACUAGAAUACCGUUCAAAUUCCAACGUAGGCAGUUUCCUAUAUCUACUUGUUUUGCAAUGACAAUCAAUAAGAGUCAAGGACAAUCACCGAAAGAAAUUGUUGUGUACCAUCCUCAACCCGUGUUCUCUCAUUGUCAACUUUAUGUUGCAAUAUCCAGAGUGACAUCCAUGAGUGGUUUGAAAAUUUUAAUGACUAAUGAAAAUGGUCGAAGCAUGAGUAGCACUUCUAAUGUAGUUUACAAGGAGGUUUUCCGAAACCUACCCAAUUGA